ACUGAAGAGGGAGAGAGAGGGUGCUGAACACAGCCUGAGAAACCAGUGUAGGAGCCUAGGAGGAUACGAAACUACAGGCUACGGCUCACCAACAGUAAUCUGAAGAAUAACCGAAUACCCGUUGUUAUAAAAAGCGGACCGCCGUGUCAGCUCAGUACAUCUACGAGACAGAAGCAGCGCGCCGGGGCCAUGUACGAUGGGGCGAGGGUGCCUUCCCCCCAGGACAGCGCCAACGGGUUCCCCCAGCCCGGGGCGUCCGGCGGCCGGCCGAAAUCGGACGAGGAGGAAGAGCCGAAACCGGAACCCGUGCUGGUGAAGAAGGCGCACCGGGAAAUCCUGGACCACGAGCGCAAGAGGAGGGUGGAGCUCAAGUGCAUGGAGCUGCAGGAGAUGAUGGAGGAGCAAGGGUACUCUGAGGAGGAGAUCCGGCAGAAGGUGGGCACCUUUCGGCAGAUGCUGAUGGAGAAAGAGGGCGUGAUCACCAGAGAGGGCUCACAGGGCCGCCCAGUCGUCAAUCACUGCUGCGAGGGGCAGGGGGAGGAGCGCGCGGAAGCCGAGGGGUACGUGGCGGAAUGCGAUUGCUACGGCGACUGCUACGACAGGGACUCGGCCUGCCACACUGAUUACAGGACGAAGAGGAAAUCGAGUAGUUCCCUCUCCCCUCCUCCAAAGAAGAGAAAGAAGAAAAGGUCUGGACGUCGACGGAGCCGGUUCGACAGCGCGUCUCCUUCCCGUAAAGAGAAGAAGAAGAAGAGCGGGAAGAAGCACAAACGAGACAGGUCCGCCUCGGGUGCCAGGAAGAAGAGGAGGUACAGAUCUGGGAGCCAAAAGAACAAACACAAAGAAAAGAACAAACAGAGAAAGAGGUCUCCGGCCGACUCCCCCGGCAGGCGGUCACACCGCAGAGGCAGCUGCAGCUCCCGUAGCGCCUCCCUCUCCUCCACUGGGAGCCUGUCCAAAUCCCCCAGCAGGCCGAGUUCGAAGCACCGAGCGGACGGACACAAGGCCUGCCCCAGCGCGUCGGCUCGCAGCGCGUCCCCGUCCCCCGGCCACGCCCCCAGCCCCGCCGCCGUGUGGCAGAACGGUCACCGCGACGGCCCCCGGAACGGCAGGGACAGCGGAGACAAAGCGCAGGAUGCGAUGAGGUCAUCCGCGGGCUUGGCGGGAGCUCGGGCGUCGCUCUCCCCCCACCCGAAAGGGGCCAAGGCCCAGGAUGCCAGCGGCACCAGCCCGGGGGUCCCUCCGGGGGUCGCCGCGUCCGGGGACGACCAUCGCCAGGGCGCGAAGCGGUCCCCCUCGCCGGCCCCCGUCAAGCGCAGGAGCCGCCAGAGGGCGCCGGGGAGGAGCUCCCAUUCCCCCGCCCGCAGCAGUGACUCCGCCCACUCUCAGCACGACCUCCCGGUGAACAAGAGGAACAAGAGCUCGCAGCAGAAGAAGACACGAGGAGCCCGCUCCUCCAAGCGGCGCCAUCGCAACCGGACGCAGGCGCGUCACCGGAGCUCGUCGGCGUCCCCGACGCGGCGCGGGCGCCGAGCGUCCGGCCGGAAGAAGAGCUCCUCCCACAGCCUCCGCCAGCGCAGCAGCUCCUGGAGCAGCGCGCCCUCCGGCUCCCGCUCACGCUCGCGGGAGCACGGCAGCAAGGCCAAGUCCCCCCACGCCCGCCAGAACCAAUCCAGGGAGAAAGACAGCGCCCACCACACGGACUCGGAGAGCCGAGCCCGGAGGCGCUCGCGGAGUUACUCCCCCAUCCGGAAGAGGAGGCGCGACUCCCCCAGCUUCAUGGAGGCGCGGAGGAUCACAAGCGCCCGUAAGAGGCCCAUCCCCUACUACCGGCCCAGCCCCUCCUCCUCCAGCUCCCUCAGCAGCCAGUCGGCCUCCAGCCGCAGCCGCAGCUACGACAGCUACAGCAGCUACAGCCGCAGUCCCAGCCGCAGCCGCAGCCGGAGCGCCAGCAGGAGCGUCAGCCGGAGCAGGAGCGUCAGCCGGAGCGUCAGCAGGAGCCGGUCCCGGAGCGCCAGCCGGAACGACAGCUACUACAGCCGCAGCAGCUCGGAGAGCCCGGGCUUCUGAACGGCCCCCGCUCCGCCCCUGCCCCUGCCCCGCCCCCUGCCCCACCCACUGUCAGCCUUUUCCUCGCCACCCCCCCUCUCUGGGCCCCAGAUCACAUUUCCCCGAAAUCCUGAGUUCGUUCUCGAACGUUCCCUCCUUCAGCCCUCUUAGAACGGCUCCAUUGGUCAGCCGAGCCAGAGGUUGAAUAACAAAACCGCCAUCUCACUAAAAUACAUUUGCUAACACAUUUGAGUUGAUCCUUAGAUCCUUUGAUAACCAUACUGCACACAGUGCAAGUUUACCCCUGUUUUAGUCAUCCAUCCACACACUGGUGAUUUUAACAGGCAUGGCAGCUGCAGCCGAGGCCUACAAUCACAUUGGCCAGCUGCCCAGUGGCUGCAUUGUUCAGGUUCCUUUGUCUCCAUGGAACCGUGUAAACAAAGCCAGAGGAUUCAGUGGGACACUGUUCAGGGAGGGAACCCCAACAAUGGCCCAGACGCACCCAAAGCAAACCGAUAUCAACAGGAAGCCCGGAGGUGUCAAAACAGCCAGCAGGGUUCUCUGCAGACACCACUGAAAAUCGAUUGCCACCACGCCGUUCUCCUGUUCUGUAAUCGAGAAAACAGCGAUGCAAUUUGAGAAUCACUGAAACACACUUAUGUUUUAUCUUAUCAAAAAUGAGCCAGGAUCACAAAGGGGGGAAAAGAUUUUUGAAAAUUGAAAACAAAUUCAAGAUGUUCUACGUACAGUGUGGGUGAUAUCACGAAAGACUUCUGACUCCUAAUUCAGAGAUCCUUUGAGGUACUUGGUGAACAAAUUUUUAAAAAAGCACUUUUGCAGAUUUUUCUCCACAGAGGAAAGAGAACAAACACACACACACAGACACACACUCACGCUCACACUGAAGUACGAAUCAAAGAUCGGGAUUCUUCCCUAGCAAGUUUUUUGAGGACAAAGAAAGAGGUUCAGCAAAAAAAAAAAAAAAGAUGGUUCGAUGUUUUUUUUUCUUUCAUUUUUUCUUUCGAAUGACUGAAAUUUUUCAAAAUCAGAGAUCAAGCAAAAGGAUAAAAAAGAAGAGAAACGGAGUUCGUAUCGGCAAAACUGAGCCGUCAAACGUAUUUUUUUCUCCUUCCCAGUGGUGUACAUUGUACGUCAGGAUGUGGUGUGUAAGAUCUCUGCGGCUAGUCCCGGCUGUAAACUAUGCACUGUAUCAUAUGUACCGUGUUAUUUAAGAGACUGGGCCUGCGUGUCACACCCUGGAGAAGGUUCGUUCUUUAUGCCGAGAAUCCUGGACCCAUCUGCCACCCCUGGUGCCCGGGAAGACUCUGCAUCCCUGUCUGUCCACCUUUAUACCGGACUUCUGAUCUACGCCCUCUGUCCGAGGCACGCAAAAAACAAAAAACAAAAAAAAAAGAUGUGCAAUGUGUUUUAUUUAUUUCGGCACCAAACUAUUUCUGGGACUAUUUAUUAUGUGUGACUCUGGCAAACGGACUGUGUCCCUGAAAUUAGUGCAGUGUAUACUACAUAAUGCAGGCCACUUCUGUGGGUCCACAUGCUAAGCGUUUAUUUAUUUAUUUAUUUAUUUAUUUAUUUGUUUAUUUAUUUAUUUAUUUAUUUAUUUAUGUGUCCAACUAUUUAUAUUUCAUUAUGCGAAAUUUAUGGAAGCAGUUCCUGAUUUCAUACCGCAAACAUAAACGACUGACUAUAUCUCCAGUUUGAAUUUUCAAUGAAGCUAAAUCCUAAGCCUUUUAAUUGUAACGUGACCAUCGCCAUUUGACGUGGUAAUCAGUUAAUUGCGAGACGAAGAAAAAAAUAAAUGUAAACGAACGGGCUGAUUAUCGAUUUGAACCGGAAGGCGAUCGAUGAUGCGUCCCCGUAACGAUUCCUGUUCUCCAGCAGGGUUAGCCAGUGGAACAAAGAAGGUGUGCAAGGCACUGUAAUAUUCAAGAGCGAGGCCCUGUGUUUAAUGGAUCGCGUUAGCGCAGCGAUUAAGACCAAACACUUCACUUCGUCAAGAGUCUCCCAGUAACUGGCUUUUUUGUCAGCUUGUUUUUUGUUUUUUUAAACUAUGUGCAGGCGAUGUACGCGUGACCCGUUUACACAUUCUUUGUCUCUGCGGAAGACGUUUUACUGUACAGAUACGAAAGCUGGUGGUGCAAUCAGGGAACCUUCUGUCUUCCUGCUCAUUUCUCUGUUGCCCACGCAGUGUUACAUUCAAAAUGUAACCCAAGUUAUACCUAGUAAACAAAAUGUCGAGUAAUACAAGUUGCAGCAUUCAUCCUUUGGAUUGUAUAAAAGUCAGUAGUUGUAGUGUACUAGUUAUUAUACAGAACAAUAAAGUAUAUACCAAUGGAAAA